AUGGUCUCGGAAACCACCCCUCUUCAGAGACCCGAUGACUACGAAGACGAGGAGUUCAGUCCAUUUGAACGGCUUAUGAUCCGCAUUGGAUCUUCCAGACGGCUGCUUUGGGGGCUCGGACUAAUAAUCGGAUUGCCAAUUGUAUAUUUUCUGAUGGUCUUCUUGCCUAGUCUGGCACCCCCGUCCGCAGACGUCCCGGACUUGAUCAAAGUUGCAAAACUGCCCGUCUAUCUACACCCCCUGAUACCUCCAGAGAAUCUUGAAAUGGCGGAUCAUGAGAUAAUUAACGACAACUACAACGAUCCCGAGUCACCUAUUAAAAACGUGCCCAAUUUCGAGAAAUGGAACCUGCUGGACAAGGAUACCAAAUUAUUUAGGAGACAUUUUCGGAAGCUGAAGGCUGCAGCUUGCCAAAGGCCCGCUAAACGACUUAUUCUUAUUGGAGACGUUCACGGCUCGCUGCUUGAGCUGCAGAAACUCCUAAAACACGUCAAAUUUGACGGCGGACGCUACGAUCACGUUGUUUUGCUUGGCGAUUUCCUGGCCAAAGGCAAGAACUCGCUCGGGGUGCUCGAAUACGCCAUCCAGAACCGCAUCGACUGCAUUUUGGGCAACCACGAAUGGGAGAUUCUGAAACGGUAUGUGCAGUACCACGGUCUUCCGGGCGUCGGCUUUAACGAGUCGAAAAACGAGUUAAGAGCAGCAGAACAGUACGACUUGGACGAGCAGAUGCGGAUUGCAAAACGGCUCAUGCCUGAACACAUUGACUAUAUUUCCAAGUGUUCGCUAAUUAAGGAGCUGGGCCCUGUUCCGAGAAUGACGAACAAAAAACGGACGAAAUAUGCCUCCACUCCGGCAAGCGGAGUCGCUGUCCACGGCGGACUGGUAUGGAGCGUCGAAACCCUGCAAGAUCAGGAUCCAGAGGCGAUCCUGACUAUCCGCAAUCUGCUGCCUCCAGACUACACCAUUCCGACCGAAGAUCGUCACGAGGUGGUCGACGGCGAGAAAUCCAAGCCAUGGACACGGUUCUGGACACGGCGCCAGCUUGAAGUGGCUGCAAACGCGAGUGAGGACGCGUUGACCGCCGGCACAAAAGUGUACUACGGGCACGAUGCCAAAAGAGGCGUGUGUUUCCGCGAGUUCAGCACGGGGCUGGACUCUGGGUGUGUCUACGGCGCCCAGCUCAGUGCGGAAAUAAUCUGGAGCGAGGUGGUGAGUACGAAGAACGAAGAUCGCAUAGUUUACAGAAAUUUGUUCACUCAGGUCAAUUGCUGA